AAUUUGGGAAAUGCGUACCGCUAUGGUCUUUACGGCCUCGUGAAAUCCGAUAAGAAAGCCGCGAAGAUUUGGAAGCGCGCCGUGGAGCUCGGAGAUGUGGACGCGAUGAGACAACUUGGGGUAUUGCACGAUCUCGGAAGUGGCGUCAAGCUGGACAAGAAGAAGGCGGAGCGGCUGUAUCGCGCGGCCGCAGACCGGGGCGACGCGACCUCGCAAUUCAAUUUAGGUCUUUUACUUCAGUCUAAGCCGAACAUUGAAGAGGCGUUCCGGUACUACGCGCUCGCGGCGGAUCAAGGCGAUACCGAUGCAGAAAAUAGCCUUGGCUGCUGUUACAGGGACGGAGAAGGCACGGAAGUCGACCUCGGCAAAGCCAGAUACUGGUUCGAGCGCGCCGCUGCCAAGGGCGACGAGCUAGCUAUAGAGAAUCUCGCG